AUGCUUCUUAGAACUGUUCCGACUUCAUCGGCCUCAAAACCAUCUUGGCGAUCUCAAGGCUUUGUUGUGCCUGAGGGAGGGGGAAUUUUUGGAGCUGGAAGAGUUACAGUAUCUCCGGCAUAUUUUAUGCAAAGACAUGAGAGAAUUCAAGACCCGCUGGUCACAUCUGCUUCAUACUCAUCUGCAGAAGUCCAAGAGUGGCUCGCCGCCUUAUCGACUACUGAAUAUUUUUGGAAUGCAAUUACCGCCACCUCGACUCCUGGUCUAUUUGAAGCAGGUUCCACUGCUAUUUCAGAAGUUGUACAGCAAGUCAGGGGGGCGAGUAAACCAGAUGCAGUGCCUGUGUCUCAAUGGCCCUCAAUCUUUUCUGGAUUGGAAGUAAUUGCCAACCGUGUCACAUUCUUUCACAGAGACCCUGGUGGGGCACCUUCACUCUUUGAUCUUUUAGUGAGUUUGGGUAGUGGCCAUGAGGCCAAGUUGACAUUACAAGAUAUCGGAGCGGAGCUGGAUUAUCACCCUGGGACCAUGGUCUUCAUUUCAGGGAAGGUUCUGGAGCAUUCUAUUGGCCCAUGGAUUAAAGGAGAAAGGCUUGUCAUUGCCCAUUUCAUGAAAGAUAAAGUUCAUUCUAGAGUGGGGGUGCCAAGACCAGCAUUUCCAACACAGGACUUUUUUUUGCAGAUGGUGGGAAGGCAAACCAAAAGAGAGCAAAGUCCGAAAUGUCAUCUAGGAGGGGGGGUGGGGGGGAGGGGGGUGAAGGGAUAA